CCGGAAAAAGGUACGAUUCAUAUCUUCAAAUUCAACAUCCGCUAUCAAAUUUUCGGAGACGAAAAGUUUGAUUCAUAUCACUUUCGUCGCUAAGGGUUUUGGAUGUUUGAGGCGAUAUAGAACUUUCAAUUCGAAAUUCCCAAACUAUCAGAACCUGUUCAGGAUAUUGGGAUUUGCGGUGUAGUGCUGUAUUCUAAGCUUCGCAAUCAGAAAUUAAGAUGCAGGCAUCAAGAGCUAGGCUUUUCAAGGAAUACAAAGAGGUUCAACGAGAGAAAGUUGCAGAUCCAGAUAUUCAAUUAGUUUGUGAUGACUCCAACAUAUUUAAAUGGACGGCUCUCAUCAAGGGACCAUCGGAGACUCCAUUUGAGGGUGGCAUAUUCCAGCUUGCUUUUGCAGUUCCUGAGCAGUAUCCACUGCAACCCCCACAAGUCAGGUUCUUGACAAAAAUUUUCCAUCCAAACGUGCAUUUUAAGACAGGAGAGAUAUGCCUUGACAUCUUGAAGAAUGCAUGGAGCCCUGCUUGGACACUUCAGUCUGUUUGUAGGGCUAUAAUUGCUUUAAUGGCCCAUCCAGAACCCGAUAGCCCACUGAACUGUGAUUCAGGCAAUCUUCUGCGUGCUGGCGAUAUCAAGGGGUACCAUUCCAUGGCAAGAAUGUACACUAGGCUUGCCGCCAUGCCCAAGAAAGGCUGAAAUGUUUGUGGUGUAUGUAAUUUUUAUUCUCAAUUGUUGUGAGGGCUUGGGCCACCAUGUAUGGGAAUGUGUAAUAAUAUUGUUAAAUUUCAUUGGGGGUUAAUCUUUCUGUUCCAUCACUUUGACAUGUAUAAAAAGAAUAGUGACAUUCAUUUUUCAUA